AGAAUAUCAUUUGUACGUUAAACGGGGAGUAGUUAUUUGUAAGUGAGAUAUCAAAAUAUUUACUUAACUUUUAGUUAACAGUGGAUUAAAACAAUAGUUAAAGCCUUAAGAAAAAAAAAAGAAACUAAUUGUUGGUUAUUUAUUUCAUAGAUAAUUUUUCAAUAUAUCGUGACUUUUGUUAAAUAAAGAUGGGAAAGAAAGGCAGAAAAGUAAAAAAGGAUGUAUUUUCUGCAUUUUGUGACAAACAUCCUAAGCAUGCUAUAGAAAUGUUUUGUGUGGAUUGUGACAAACUGGUCUGUGUAAUUUGCCAAGCUACAGAGCAUAAAAGUGGCGAUCAUACGAUGAUACUAACAAUCGAAGAAGCUUCUAUUGACUGCGCUGAAACUAAGGAGUUUUUAGAGUAUAAAGACAAACUUAAUACAGUUUUCACACGUGGAAAUGAAACAUUGGCAGAGAAUAACAAACUAACUUCAAUAACGGAUCAAUUGAAAAAAGAAGCAGAAUCUUUGAUUAAGAAGCAUAAACAGGACUUGAUUGAUCAGAUUGAAAAACAUCACAAGAAAUUAUAUGAGAGUAAUAAUCUUAAGUACGAACAAUCAAAGAAAAGAUUACAUAGUGUGAAUAAGCAAUUGUGUAAGAAUAAGAAUAAAACCGCAGAGAUUCACCAGGAAAUCGAUGCAAAACAAAAGAGUGGACAAAGCGUGGCAUUGUUUAUAGCUAUGAAAAAAUCACAAGAUAAUUUACGGCAAAUUGACAUUGAGCUAAAAGAAAUUGAAAAGUCAAAUUUUGUUGAAAGGUAUGAGUUUCAAGCAGGGCACAUGGUGAGACAGCUUUUGGAGGAAGAGAAAGAAUUUGGUGAUUUGCUAGUAAUGGCGACAAAGUCUCCCAAAGUAUCGCCACGUGAAUUAAAACCUCGUGGUGUUUUUGUGUUACCUCGUCAGAGCAUUGAUACAAGACAAGCAGAAGUUGCAGAUAAAGAUGAACAGGAUGGUUAUGUAUCGCCACGUGAAUUAAAACCUCGUGGUGGUUUUGAGUUACCUCGUCAGAGCAAUGAUACAAGACAAACAGUAGUUGUAGAUGAAGAUGAACAGGAUGAUUACGAACCUGUGGAACAAUAUGCCGGAAACGGACCAAUAAAUGAUCAGAGGACCCCACAAGAACCUUCUCCGCGCAGAGAUUCUACUCAGUCCUUGAAUGUUUUAUUCAAUGAAGAAACAAACCAACUAAAACGUUUUAGCGGCGACAUCUUCAAAUACCCAAGCACAGGUAUGUGUUGAUAAUUAAAAUUCACUUCAGCACAUAUAUGCUCAGAUUUAAAAAGUCUAUUUUCCGUCGCCCAAAGCGUUAUUCGUCACACGUUUAAUAUCGUAAUCUAAAAUACUUUCUUCCAAACCACUGAGUAGAUGUUUUCCUAUCUUAACUGAUUAUAAAUGACAGAUAGAUAGCCCAAUACAUAUUUUCUGGUUCAACGCCUAAAAAGGCCAAAGAAGCUUGAUAUAUUUUAAAAUUGGGCUGUUUUUGUUAUAAACUCAAGAUAAAAUCUUGAAUAUUUUUUGCCUAUCGAGCCUCUACAAUAAUGUGUAAAUGUGUACAACAGCGGCGACCUGUGACUACUUUCAAUAUUAAUUUUCAAUAAAACGAUAUUGUCAAAAGAAUAAUUUUUUUUUAUCUCUUUUAUUUUUCAAUCAAAAUAUACAAACAUUCAAAUCAUAGUACAUGUAAUUGAAUACAUAAAAAUAAUGUCAAAUCAAUGUUAUCAAAUUAUGACAAGUAUAUUAGUAUCUUAAGAUCUUUUUAUAAAAGUUUUUGAAAGAAGAAAAUGAGUGCUAAGAAAAUCUGAUGCAUCAUAAGUAUGAAAGAGAGAAAAGAAAGUGUUUAAAGAAAGGAACGAUAAAUAAAGAAUGGGAGAAGAAAAAACGAGAGAUAAAAGAUAAAGAUCUGUUAUGUCCCUAUUAAAAG